GUACAGCGAAAACCAUUCUCGUCAUAGACCCGUCGAGAACGCAGAUGAAAGCCAUGGGCAUAAAGACGACUGUUACCUUGACAACAGCGAUUUUGCUUUUAAGCAUAUGCCGAGGGCAUCCUGGGACAUUCGCGCCAAAAAUAGAAACGGUCACUCUACCAGAUGGUCUCGAAAGUUUAGUGAAACGAGCGGCAAAUGAAGAAGUUCCAAAAGAAUCACCUAAACAAAAGAGAGCGGUUGUGUCGAGUCUAUUAGCACUAGCAGAUUCUGAAGCAGGUAAAGAAAUAGCUAAAGGGAUUGGCCAGGCUGCAGGCGCUAUUGUUGGAGAGAUCAGUAAACAAGUAUUUGGAGCAAGUGGCAAGGGAGAAGCAUUUGUAAAGAAUGUCGAGGGUUCCCUUAAACAGGAUAAAGUUUCUGGAGAGGGAGCAAAGGCUACAGCUAACGCCCUCAAUUAUAAAAAGGCGGAGAUUAAGAUUAUCCCGGGCAAAGGCUACAUGGAUGAGACCGGAUAUGCACCACCUGGCGUCAAAAUUAUGACAAAUUUCGACAGCGAUAACAGUGACAAACGAGGUCAAGAUAGUAACCCUGGUGAUGCUUACACGUAUUCACAUGGUAUUGGUCCUGCCCUUGUAAACGGAUGUUUCCUAAGAAAUUACGCGCCUGGAGACCCCUGCUACGCAUUUAAACGAAUGUCAACAUUGUGUUUGAACAUGCUGGAUGCCGCUGCUUUUAUUGGAGUUGGUUUUGAUGGACGUGGUGAUGUGACGCAGGAAUUCCGGAAGAAGUCACUUGUACAAAGACAAUGCAAAAAUAAGGGCAGCUUCAUGAACAGCGAUAUACCUGACACAAUGAAUGCUGUUGGUAUAUACGACACUGACGUUAACAGUCGUGUGUUUACGUCACAAGAUAGUUUCCGCCACUUUCUAGAAGAGAGUACAUCCACAUCUUCGUACAAAGGAUCAUUUCAGGAAGCGAUAAACAGAAAUUAUGGCACCUCGGUUCAUGGAGGGGCUGGAUUAGGCUUUUUUUCAGCGUCCGUUUAUGGAGGGGCUAAGAGUUCAGGGAGCAGCAGUAUAAACUCGGCAAAUUCUCAAGAUUCAAGUGGUGGGUCGAGCGCGGGGGGAUCACAAAGAACAGGGUCUUCUAGAGUGUUUAUGUCAUACCUAGAAAUGAAUAUUGUUCGGUUUGAGAUAUUCAUGGAUGAAGUGACACCUGGUGAUCUAAGUCAGGCACUUUUGAAGGACUACUUGAAUCUGCCUACGUCAUAUUAUAAAUCUUCUUCCGCUGUUAUGAAAUAUCAGAACUUUUUGCUGAGAUGGGGAACACACUUUAUAAAAUCAGCAAAGUUUGGAGGAAGUUUAAAACUCUCCAGGACGAAAGUAAUGUCUGAGAAAGAGACCGAAGAGCAAUUUGCCACAGCUGCGUAUUCUGAUAUGCAAUCUCUACUGAGUAACUCCUUUGCAGCUCAAUCAAGUUCAUCUCAAGGUUCUGCCAGCUUUGGAAUUUUUAGUGGUGCACGUUUCCAGGCCAGUAGGAAUACAAAGGAACAAGAAAAUAAGAAUCAAGCUGCAACUAAGAACACAGCUUCUUCCUCUGCAAGUUCUGCAAAUAAACAAAGGACUGCUCAAAGCUAUGCAAACUCGUAUCUGUCAGUUGAGGGUGGUGAUCAAGAAAUAGCAUCGAUAAUUAGUGACAUGUAUGAUCCUGGAUUCAAGUCAAAACUCGAGGCGUGGCUACAGUCGAUCCCGGAAUACCCCAGGCCAUUUUCCUUCAAUCUAGGAAAGAUUACAGAGCUGUUUGAUAUGAACGUAGAAUCCCUUUUUCCAGACGAUACAAACCAAGGAUGUUUGGGAGGGGAUGUUAAGAAGGACUCUGUCACGGGAAAAUACUACUUUGAAAGUAAAAAGACCGUUGGAAAAGAAAUUAAAACAGUAAAGAAUUAUUGCAAGUAUGGGACAAGCAAGAAAGAUUUUCAAGAUCAGUUUGACAAGCGAAGACUUGCUUUGGAAAGAGCUAUCGCAGUUUAUAUGGAGGAGGGACCUAUACCAGCUACGGAACAAUUGAUUCCAGCAGGACGACCCGGUUGUGAUACUUCUGUUACCGCCUUCAAUAAGAAGUCUUUUUCAACCUGGAAAUCUCUGAUAUCUGGAAGUCCAUUUAGAGUCAUAUUCGAUAUGGAACGUAACAUCCCAGGAAUAGUCUACUACAAUGACAUCGUUCAAGUGUCUUUGAAAAGUAAAAGGUGGUACACCCAAAGGAAUGAGAAUGAAUUACAUUUGUAUGAUGGCUUUGAUAACGGAAAAAGUACGUCUGAUUUUACAUUGAAAAGGAUAUCUGUAAAAGGGCUGCUGAUGACUUAUGACGAGAAUAACGGAAUGCUCACGAUAACGAAUAAUGAUUAUACUGUAAUGAAGGCAGAAGGCAUUACUAUACUGCAGAAAUUAGUUGGUAGACCCAUAGCACGAGUUGAGUCAUUGCCGAAGUCUAAAGAAGACAAGUCUAGCAAAGAAGAUACCACGUCCUUGAAAGUGGCAUUACCCUGUAACGUAAAAUGGUCAAACGUUCACAGCUUUAGACCUACAGAAGAAGGGAGUUGUGUCAAGUUUACUGCCGCAUCAUCUGGUGACAUCUUUGUUGUGUUCGCCUUAAUCCCCAGUAAUAAAGACACUUGGUACACUGUGCAGAUAUCAACUGAUUCGGCAGGAGUUUACAAAGCAAACAAAGUUCAGCAAAUGGAAACGACCAUCAUUUCUGCAUGGGGACUGGGCAAUUCUAAUCUUUUCCAAACAUAUGCAGUUUGCCUCACAAAAUCAAAGGACACCCUACAUAUACAAUACGGAAAAGUCAAAGGAAAUGAGGAUAAGAUGACAGUUUAUUUGGAUUACAAAGAUACGAGCAGCCCUAUACUACCCGAGUUUUAUGCUUUUGGGAGUGGAAUGCGUGAUGUACAACUGGUGCAAAUAUCCAUCUUACCAAAAUCAUCAAUGGGACGUGUGGAGUGUGGAAAUGAUGCGGGAACAAACCCAAAAGUGAAAGAUUGCUUUCAAUGCCAUCCACAAUGCAUUAACGGUUGCUUCAGGAGAGAAAGUGAUACGGCAUGCAGGGCCUGUCGUACCUUAACGGUAUAUUUCGUAGGUGACAGUAAACAAUGUGUAGAGAAAUGCCCAGAAGGUUCCAAACAAGUUGAAAAAGUUUGCAAAUUUCCAGCCUCGGGGAAAACUGAAGAGAAAACUUCAACGAAACCUCAAGUAAUAGGUGGGUGCGGAGGAAAGGAGAAAAGAUUAUUGCCUGAUGUCCCAACCUUUCGGCUGACUGCAUCGAGUGUCUGGAAUUCUGUCCAUUCAGCAAAUCGAGGCAGACUAGACACGCCGGAUUUGGGGGAGGAUAGAGGAAGGGGAUGCUGGAUGCCUGAUCAACAUCAACACAAUACCAAACAGUGGAUUCAGGCUGACUUGGGUCGUGUGAUGAAAGUGACUGGUGUGAUAAUACAGGGGAGAAAUGGUGAAGACUAUUGGGUUACUCUAUUCCGCGUAUUGUACAGCACAGAUGGAUUGAACUUCAAACAUGUGAUGCAUGGCAACCCACCUGGAUUGGAUUUUAAAGGAAACACGGACCGAAACUCAAAAGUACGUUACGUGUUCAAAGUACCUAUCGAAGCUAGAUAUGUACGUAUCAACCCGAGAUCCUGGUAUCGGUAUCCAGCGAUGAGAUUUGAUGUCACUGGCUGUGACAAGUAG